CUGGGCAAAGUCGGAUCGGUGUUGUAAAGAAAGAAGCAAAGGCCGUCCUUAGCCUUUCCAUUCUAUUGCUCCUUCACUCACUCUCGAUCUCAGCCGCGAAACAAAAAGCUUUCUUCUCUUCUCUUCCAAAGGCAAAUCGACAAUUAUAAAAGUUUCUCCGCCAAAUCUCUCCAAAACCCUUUCUCUCGAACUCGGUUGUUUCUUCUUCUACUGCGUUCGUCUUCAUCUUCUUACGAACUCGGUAGUUUCUUCCAUCCUGCCAUGGCCGACGGCAAGUUCGAUCUCCCUGACGAUCUCAUCCUUUCUAAAUCUUCCGAUCAGUUGAAAGAAUUAGCCUCCUCAGAUAACAGCAUUCCUUUGUCUCCCCAGUGGCUUUACACGAAGUCAAACGAUAACAAGAUGGAUGUUCGAUCUCCUACUCCUGUGCCCACGGGAAAUCCAAGCGACCCAAAUCUCAAGGAUGCAUGGCGCUUGGAUGCCCCCGAAGACAAAAAGGACUGGAGGAAAAUUGUCCCUGAGAACGAAACUAGUCGCAGAUGGCGUGAAGAGGAAAGAGAAACUGGUUUACUCGGUGUCAGGAAGACCGAUCGCAGAAAAACAGAACGCCGCAUCGACAAUGUCUCAAGCAGAGAAACUGCUGACACUAAAAUUACUCCUUCUUCUGAUAGGUGGCAUGAUGUUAGUUCUCGUGCUGCUGCACAUGAACCUCGGCGCGACAACAAAUGGUCAUCUCGCUGGGGUCCUGAUGACAAAGAGAAAGAAACCCGUAUCGAGAAGGUAGAUAACAACAAGGACAAGGAAGCGCCUCCUAGUGAUAGUCAAUCUGUGGUUAGCACCAUCCGUGCAACUUCUGAACGGGACUCUGACCCUCGUGACAAAUGGAGGCCACGUCAUAGGUUGGAAUCCCAGGCUGGUGGGCCGACUUCUUAUCGCGCUGCACCUGGGUUUGGACUUGAUAGAGGGCGAGCCGACGGCCCAAAUUUAGGGUUCACUGUAGGCCGAGGAAGGGCCUCCUUAAUUGGUGCUGGUGCAUGUACUUUCUUAGGAAAUGAAAGUAUUCCUGUUGACCAGUGCACUUCUGCCUCUCUGUUUCGGUAUCCAAGGGGUAAGUUGCUUGACAUGUAUAGAAAACAAAAGGCUGAUUCUUCCCUAGGUAGGAUACCGACUGAGAUGCAGGAAGUUGCCUCCAUUACUCAAGUGGCUUUAAUCAAUCCUCUUGCUUUUAUUGCACCUGAUGCCGAAGAAGAGGCACGUCUUAACGGCAUAUGGAAGGGAAGAAUCAUUAGUAGCGAAGUUCACACUCCAUCUGAAGAAGAAUCCUCAGGUAGAAACAGCUUAGGUAUGUUGUUUUGUCUUUAGCUGCUUGGCCUCUAUCUUUUCACCUAGCAUAAUAUUCUGACCGUGGUCUUUUGGAUACCUGACUCAGGUGAAACAAAAUUGGAUGGUACUUUGCUAGGGGUUGUUAAUGGUGACAAUAAUAAUGAUUCUGGAUUACUUGGUAGUCUGGGAGGUACAUCAAGCGUCUCAAGAUUGAAUUCAGUGGCUUCUGAAAGUUAUGGAUCUGUUAGAGAUGGUUGUCAACUUUCUCAUGGAAGUCCUGAAACGGUUAGAUCUGCUUUUAGUAAAUCCUCUGUGUUGGAUGGGAGCGAGUCCGCUGUAGCUUCUUUCGAGCAAGAUUAUACAGGCAAGCUGCAGCAACCAGAUAUUGAAGUGAAUCACGCAGAAGGGUCUAUGCAACCUGAGGAGUUUUUGUUCUUGUAUAUUGAUCCUCAAGGAGUAAUUCAGGGACCGUUCAUUGGUUCUGACAUUAUUUCAUGGUUUGAACAAGGGUUUUUUGGGACAGACCUACAAGUACGUUUGGCAAAUGCUCCAGAAGGAACUCCUUUUCAAGAUCUAGGGAGGGUCAUGUCAUAUUUAAAGACAGAAAGUGUUCAUGUCCCUAGUAGUGACCAAAAGAGUGAGUUAGAAGAUACUAGUUUAAAAGCAAAUUCAGAGGCUGGUUUAUCAAUUGCACCUCUAGCAGAUGAUUCAUCCUCUAUGACUGGUGUGUCUCGUUCGUUUUCUGUGUAUAACAACUCCUCAGCUCAGCCACUUGCCGAGGAUCGAAGUUUCUUGAACUUCUCUGCUCAGGAUGAAGAAAUUGUAUUCCCAGGAAGAGCUGGAGGUUCUGGUUAUGCAUCAUCGGUAAAAUCUUCGACAAGUAUGCAUGAUGCUUUAAUGGAAUUUUCUGCCCAGUCUGCUGUUCCUGUUGAUUCAACUAAGGCUGCUGCUACACGUAAUCAGAAUGAGAAUAAGCUGCACCCGUUUGGUGUUUUGUGGUCUGAGCUAGAGAGUGGUAGUGCACCAGUUAACCAGUCAUUAAACAAGUCUUAUGGUGCAAUGGAGGAGCUUACUGGUUCAGUAGAUAAUCGUCUCAUUAAUUCCCGAAGAAAUACACAAAUUGACCCCAGCAAGUCCCUUGAUAGUCUGGCUGCUAACCGGAUGUCGCAGUUUGAACAUGAAUCCAACUUCUUUAACCAUGGGGAUCAACUUACAUCAAAUCAACAUCAGCAACUGCAAUUCCAGAAUCGGGAUAUGCUAUCACAGUUACAUAUAGGUGAUCAAGCUCAGGAUAUGGAGCAGUUAAUAACUUUCCAGUUGCAGCAACAACAAAAAAUUCAGUUGCAACAACAGCAGAAGAUUCAGUUGCAACAACAGCAGAAAAUUCAGUUGCAACAACAGCAGAAGAUUCAGUUGCAACAGCAUCAGCUGCAACAAGAACAUCAGUUACAUCAGAAGCUCUUACAGGAGCAACAACAGUCCCAUGCUCGACAGUUACAUUUUCAACAGAUUUUACAAGGACAGACUCCGGAUUCAAGGUUUGGGCAGUCACAUGACUUCCUUCGGUCCAAUAAUGUUGACCAGAUGUUGUUAGAGCAGCAGCUGAUGAAUGAAUUGCAGAACAGUUCUGGCCAUCCGUCACAAAAUUUCGCACCAUACAUUGAGCAACUUGCUGCAGGAAAUUUUGGGCAGUUGUUAUAUGAAGGCCACCAAAGGGAGUUACUUGAACAGCUACUUUCAACGCAAAAGCAAUCUCAAUAUGGACAAAUGCAAUCACAACAUGGACAACUGCAAUCUGAUCCAAUCCGGUCUUUGGAGUACCAGCUACUGCAGCAAGAGCAGCUUAUGCAAUUGGCUAAUGGAGUGAGGCACGAUACAUUAUUGGAGGAACAGAGACAUAUUGACCCUCUGUGGCCGUCUGACCAUAAUGAUCAGCUUCUAAGAAGUCAUUCUGGGAUCCACCGGUCGCGCUCUUCUGCAGGAUUUAGACCAUUAGAGUUUCAUCAACAGCAGCAGAGGCCACCCUUUGAGGAUCAAUUUGGUCAACUUGAGCGGAACCUUUCAUAUCAGCAACAACUUCGACAAGAAUUAUUCGAACACGGUCUUCCAUUUGAGCGAUCAGCAUCGGGGAUGAAUCUGGAUGCAGUAAAUGGUCUUGGUCUCUCUCAGGGUCUGGAGUUGCGGGAUGCUACUCCCCACAUGCAAUCUUCUGGUAGAUUGGGAAAUUCCACACUGGGUUUUAACCAUCAGAAUCCCCGCAUACAAUUAGGUGAACCACAUUUUUCACAAUUGGAACCAACUGAAGGUCGCUGGUCUGGAGCUGAUACACAGCUAGCUGGUGACUGGGCUGAAUCUCAAUUUCGUAGAUCAAAUAUGGAUACUGAACAUCAUAAAAUGAGGUCUGAAAUUAGGAGGCAGGGUGAUGAUUCCAACGCAUGGAUGGUAGGUGGAUCUACAAACGACAAGUCAAAGCAGCUCUUUAUGGAGUUGCUCCACCAGAGACCCGGCCAUCAAUCUACUGAGUCACUAAGCAUGAAACUUGGGGAUACUUGUGACAGGAUGGCUCCAUCAGGCCUUACCCCAGAGAUUCAAACACUUGGCGGCCUUUCAGACCAUGUUGGUAAUCUAAAUGCUUCAUCUUCCUUUGGGGCUCGUUCAUUAUCGGAUGAACAGGUCAACAGAAUGCCAGGAGAUAGGAAUAAUAUGGGACCAUUGCACCGUAAUAGUUCCUUGCUAUCUGGAAUUAUCGAUGGUGGGCGGUCCACUCAGAAUGAAGCUCAAGCCUUCAAUAAUAUGUUCUCUAUGAACAAGGACACAAAUGACACUAAAAAUUGGAACAGUGUGCCACUUAAAAAUGAGGGAAUGGGAAGGAAGAUUUUAUUUGAAUCCCAAGACAGAAUGGGCAAGCAAGCAGUAUUAGACUCUCUGGUUCAAGGGGAGCUUCCUGUUGUUACGCUUGGCCAACGACAGUCUUCUUUCAAUAUCUCUGACCAAUACAGUGACAACUUGGUUGGAGAAGAUAGAAGGAAAGAUAGGUUGGUAGUGCCAUCACAUGGGCAGGAAUCAGUUUUGUUAAAAAGGCCUCCCUCAUCCCAUUCUUCAUCAUCACAUGAGGGAUUGCUCGAGCGUAUGUCUGACGCAGCUAGCAGGACAGCAAGUUCUUAUAGUGGGGUUGAAGGAGGUGUGAGACGGGAAUCAGGAGCAGCAGGAAACAAAGGGUUGGCGUCAGAACCGUCAUUCAGUGAGAUGUUGAAGAAGAGUAAUAACAUGAAGAAGGUGGCGGUAGAGUCAUCUGAUACAACCGAAGGAAGCAAAGGUGGCGGUGGGAAGAAGAAAGGGAAGAAAGGGAGACAGAUAGAUCCUGCUCUUCUCGGUUUUAAAGUCACUAGCAACCGCAUUCUAAUGGGAGAGAUCCACCGCGCUGAUGAUUUCUAACAUUUCGUUAUCUUGUACAAAAUCUUUACUUGUAAAGAUUAGCUCCUCAUACUUAGGUCGUAUAGUGCUUUUCCAAACACAUUUCUUCCAUCACAUUAGAACACAGGGAAUAAUAAAAGUUUUUUUAGUUCAAAAAAUGUUUGGUUCAUACA